AUGGCCCCGCGGCAGACCGUCCUCCCGCUCGCCUACCGGCUCUUCUUCCUCAUCAUCGAGCCCAUCUCGGCCCUCGUCGGCGCCUACUACGCCCACUUCCAGCAAGAUGCGUACCUGAGCAUGACCACACACGCCGCGGCAGUCGUCCCAUCGCCGGCCACCUCAAUCAUCAUGUCCCAGUUGGCGAAUCUGUACCUGCUCUUCGCGCUGAACGAAGCCUUGGUUCUGCGCUGCACCGGCGACCUCACGAUCUGGAAGACUGUACUUUUCGGGCUGCUCAUCGCUGACGUCGGACACGUGUAUUCGGUCAGCAGCCUCGGUGCCUGGGUCUACUACGACGCCACGCGAUGGAAUGCCAUCGAUUGGGGCAAUGUGCCGUUCGUGUAUCUGGGCGCCUCGAUGAGGAUCGCCUUCCUCUGUGGAGUUGGCCUGGGAGGACAAGGACAGGCUAAUAAUACCAAGACGCGGAAGGCGGCUUGA